AUGUCUUUCAUUUCCUCCACCUCAAGCUCGAGUUCUUCUGAUUUCUCAAAUAACGUUGAAUUUGAUCGGUUAGUUGAUGAUUAUGCUGCUAACCACCUACCUCAUAUUUUAAUUCCCCAACACUCGUCACAAGAAUCCCAGCUUAAUAAUGAUAUAGCAAAUGUCCCGGAGCCUAAAAGGGAUAGGGAAAGAGAAAAAGGGCAUGUACAACUAUAUAACGAUUAUUUUGCGAGUAAUGCAGUGUAUAACGACAACCAAUUCCGCUGUAGAUUUUGUAUGCGAAGAUCUUUGUUCUGUCGCAUUAUGAAUAAGGUGGUUGAAGGGGAUCAAUUCUUCCAACAACGUCGGAAUGCAGCUGGAAAGCUUGGUUUAUCACUGUUGCAGAAAUGCACCGCUGCAAUAAGAAUGUUAGCGUAUGGCGUAGCCCCCGAUGUCGUGGAUGAAUAUCUACAUGAAGAUUUAAGGAGAAUCCUUCAUCAAAAUGAAUUGCGUGGGUUUCCAAGCAUGAUUGGUAGUAUAGACUGCAUGCAUUGGGAGUGGAAGAAUUGUCCUACGGCUUGGAAAGCACAAUAUGCUGGUCGUAGCAAGACUGCAACCCUCAUUCUUGAAGCCGUUGCUGAUCAGGAUUUAUGGAUUUGGCAUGCGUUCUUUGGAAUGCCUGGCUCAUGUAAUGAUCUUAAUUUCCUUUACCGUUCACCGGUGUUUGAUGAUGUUUUACAAGGUCGUGCACCACCAAUAAAUUUUUGGGUAAACGGACGUCAAUAUGAGUUGGCCUACUACUUGGCAGAUGGGAUUUAUCCGAAAUGGCCAACUUUUAUACAAGGUAUUACACAUCCUCAAGUUCAAAAAGACAAGUUGUUUGCUGAUCAACAAGUAACAGUUCGGAAAGACGUUGAACGGGCUUUCGGAGUUUUACAAGCUAGGUUUACUAUACUACGACAACCUGCACUGGCCUUCGACGAAGAUAUUCUUUGUGACAUUAUGAAAUCCUGUAUAAUAAUGCACAACAUGAUCGUCGAGGAUGAACGACACAACUACACACGGGCAGAUGUUUUGAGACGAUACUACGAAGAAGAUCGACCACAACGUACAGCAGCACGGGCGGGACCGAGCACAAGUGCCACGGUGAAUAACAACGAGCCAUUUGAAUUCAACAUCGGGCGGCCACCCAACAUUGAUUUCAACGCGUAUUUUCUGAGGAGGAUUGACCUUCGUGAUACAGAAAUUCAUUCGUCUCUCAAACAAGAUUUAGUAGAACACAUAUGGCAGAACUUUCGUCAUAAUACGGCCGAAUAA